UGGUUAUCGCCACCAGCUGUUUGGCUGCGCAGAAAAAGACGAAGACUUAGUUUUCUUGUUAUUGUUAAAGAAAGUAAUAAAAUUGAGCAUAAUUGCGGACACAACCAAGUGAAAUUGUGAACAGGAUGGGCAAUCAACUGGUGGGCAUUGCUCCUUCGCAGAUUUACGCGGUGGAGCAUUAUUUUUCCGGCCAGUUUGGAUCCGAAAUUACCUUCAGUUCCAAUAUGGGCAGUACGAGAUUCUUUAAAGUGGCCAAGGCGAAAACGGAUGAGGGUCAAAUAGUGGUCAAGGUGUUUGUCAAGCACGAUCCCACAUUACCAUUGGAGGAUCACAAGGAACGACUGGAAGGCAUCAAGAAGACACUUUCGCUGGCCAAUGCCGUCAACUGUUUACCCUUUCAACGGGUGGAGCUCAUUGACAAGGCAGCCUACAUAAUGCGGGAGUAUGUGAAACACAGUCUCUAUGAUCGCGUGUCGACACGCCCGUUUCUCACAGUUUUGGAGAAAAAGUGGAUUACAUUUCAGAUUCUGUGUGCUCUGAAUCAGUGCCACAAACAGAAGAUUUGCCACGGUGACAUCAAGCUGGAGAAUAUCCUAAUCACUUCCUGGAAUUGGAUUUUACUCUCGGACUUUGCUUCCUUUAAGCCAACUUAUUUACCGGAAGACAAUCCGGCAGACUACACGUACUUCUUUGAUACUAGUAGAAGAAGGACCUGCUAUAUUGCGCCCGAGCGAUUUGUUAAAACUUUGGCAUCAGAUGAUGAUGGCGGAAAUGGCAAUAUGUCGGUCAUCCAUACGGAUUCCAUUAUUCGCCUGGCUCCUAGUUAUGCUGGAAAUACUUUACUGCCAGCCAUGGACAUAUUUUCAGCCGGCUGUGCAUUGCUGGAACUAUGGACAGAAGGAACGGCACCCUUUGAACUGUCCCAGCUGCUGGCUUACAGACGCGGUGAGCGGGAUUUGGUAGAAAAACACUUGGCUGGAAUCGAAAACGAAAGGUUGCGCAAUCUGUUGGCAUCCAUGAUUGAUAUUCAUUCGAUGAACCGAAAGAGCGCCGAGGACUACUUGGAUCAGGAGCGUGGUCAGCUGUUUCCUGAGUAUUUUUACUCCUUCCUGCAGUCCUACUUGCAAAUGUUUAGCUCAACGCCGAUCAUGUCGCCAGAUGAUAAGAUUCAGUGUCUGCACAAGGACAUUGGACAUUGCAUCAAGGUGCUGACACAGGCUCAGGAUUUAACACCAGAAGAGGAUGAUAGAGAUGAUCAACAGGAAAAAAAGGACCCGACGUUGUGUGUGCGACUACCACCGGAGCAUGAUGGUCUUAUUUUGAUCAUCACGGUAGUUACAUCUUGCAUUCGAGGUCUUAAGCAGUCAAACACCAAAAUUGCCGCCCUGGAACUCCUACAGAAGCUAUCGAAGUACACAACUUCUGAAACCAUUUUAGAUCGUAUAUUGCCCUAUAUUCUCCACUUGGCCCAAAAAUCCCCAGCUAAGGUGCAAGUUCAGGCCAUAGAAACGUUGACCGCCUGCCUGGGCAUGGUUAAGGACAUUCCGCGCAGCGAUGCCAACGUAUUUCCGGAGUACAUCCUCCCCUCCAUCACUGACUUAGCCAGCGAAUCGAGUGCCGUGAUUGUUCGCGUGGCCUUUGCCCGGAAUAUUGCUGCUCUGGCUAAGAGUGCUGUCUACUUCCUUGAGGAAACACAACGGAAUGCUCCUAAUGAGAUGCCCACUCCACGUUACGAAGCGGAAUUGAAUGCUCUUCAUGACAUAGUAAGACAGGCGGUUCUCAGUCUGCUGACGGAUUCCCAACCAAUAGUAAAGCAAACUCUAAUGGAGUCUGGCAUUUGCGAUCUGUGUGCUUUCUUUGGCAAGGAAAAGGCCAACGAUGUAAUACUCUCGCACAUAAUGACUUUCCUAAAUGACGAGGACAAGAAUUUGAGGGGAGCUUUCUAUGAUAACAUUGCCGGAGUGGCUGGCUACGUGGGCUGGCAGGCGUCGGACAUAUUGGUUCCACUUCUGCAACAAGGCUUCACCGAUCGUGAGGAGUUCGUUAUCGCAAAAGCCAUACGUGCAGUCACAAUUCUCAUCGAACUGGGACACAUCAAGAAGCCAGCCGUGACGGAAAUUGUCCAAGAGACAGCCUGUUACCUGUGCCAUCCAAAUCUUUGGGUUCGUCACGAAAUCUGCGGCAUGAUUGCAACCACUGCUCGUAACCUCAGUGCCAUUGAUGUGCAGUGUAAGAUUAUGCCGGCAAUUGGCGCUUUUCUCAAGGCCCCGCUUAUCCAAGUAGAGAAACCGCACAUUCUUUUGGACUGUGUACAUCCGCCUGUGCCGCGACAGAUCUUUGACAGCGUGCUGCGCUUCCAGGAUAUUCAACAUUUUCUUAGAGCGCUGGAGGAUAGGUCGAGAGUUCGAAGUCUGACCAGGCAAGGAGCUACGCCACAGUACGAAGAGAUGGGACAAACUCUGAGGAAUCUUUUCAGGCGCCUAAGCUCUGAGGGAUUAACGGAUCUUAUUGAAAUGCAGCUGCUAGCCAUGAACCCAUUUCUGAUCUCCAUGAAACACAAGGCCUUGCAGGAUCUAGAUGAUACCGCCUCUGGGAAUGGACGCAUCGUGGUCAGUCGGAAGCAAGUCGCUUGCCAUGAAUAUCCGCUGGCGGACAAGGCCACAAAAGUUCCAUUGGAAAACCGAUCCAGCGAAGGUCCCACACUGGUAUCACCAGCCUCGGAUGCAGCGAUCACGCCGUUGGGAGGUGGUGGAUUGGCUGGAAGUCCUGCCUCUGGAGCAGUAGUCCUUAGUGUUCCAACGGCCACCGUUAGUGCAGCUACAUCACUGGGUGAAUACACGAUGCCGGAGAGAAACUGCUGGCUGGAACGCUCCUCGGAGUGCCGCAAAGAUCUCGAAUCGCUGACGACGAAGAUUAAGAGACGCUUCAAUGUGCUGGCUAUCUCGCAGCGCUGCAGUUAUGAUAAGCUGGUGACGCCCUAUCCACCUGGCUGGCGGAUGAAUGGUACCCUGGUGGCUCAUUUGCAUGAGCAUUCGGAAUCCGUGAUAAAACUAGCUUCGUUGCGGCCACACGGAUCACUCUUUGCCAGCGGCAGUAUAGACGGCACAGUGCGAUUAUGGGAUUGCAGUAAGCUUAAUGGUAAUCAAGGAGUUAAUAAAUCGAGGCAGGCUUACUCGGCCAAUACACCGAUAUAUGCCUUGGCCGCUUGUGAUAGUGGACAAUCGCUGGCGGUGGGUGGAAAGGAUGGCAGCAUGUUGAUGAUGAGGAUCGAUCGGAACUCCGCCAAAAUGACGCUCCAGCAGGCGCUUAAUCAGAAUGAUCAUAAGGAUGGACCUGUUGUGGACAUGCAUGCUUACGACCAGGCCACGCAGAGUGUCAUCGUAUACGCCACGCUGUACGGCGGAAUCGUGGCCUGGGACACACGAAUGCAGCACAGUGCCUGGCGACUGCAGAAUGAACUUCGUCAUGGAGUGAUCACCACAAUUUGUGCGGAUCCAACUGGUUCUUGGUUAGCCACCGGCACUAGUGGUGGUAAACACAUCUGCUGGGAUCUACGCUUCCGUCUGCCCAUAGCUGAAAUCAAGCAUCCAGCUGAUUCGUGGAUACGCAAGGUGGCCUGUCAUCCAACGGAGCCUUCGUAUCUGAUCUCAGCCUCGCAGUCGAACAACGAGGUGUCCGUAUGGAAUAUCGAAACGGGACAGCGGCAGACGGUCUUGUGGGCAAGUCCGAUCGCGGCCUUAUCCAGUGCCAGUCCCAGUGAUCCGGCCACCACGUGUGGCAUUCUAAGUGGCGUAGUCGAUGGUUCACCCUUCAUUCUCACAGGCAGCUCAGAUCAACGGAUUCGGUAUUGGGAUAUAGCCAAUCCCAAAAAUUCCUUGCUCAAAGUUCCAGCUGCCAAUGAUAAUCUGGCCGAUGUAGCUUUUAACUAUAGUACUCGUUUAAUCGAUGGCAGCCAGGUAAUCGAGGAGCAAAUCAUUUCCAUGGCCAGUACUGGCGAUUCGACACAGCUACGCUCCUCCACGGAGGAGAAUCCACGCUCUGGACCGGACAUGCCCACGGCCAGUCACCAUGAUGCCAUCACGGAUUUGCUGAUGUGUAAGGACAAGGGUCAGAUCUACAUAGCCUCGGCAUCGCGAGACGGUGUCAUUAAGCUGUGGAAGUGAGCCACCCGAUAUAUAUAUAGUAUUUAAAUAUUCAACUGUGAUUAGCCUAAUAAACUGCAAUAUGUGUAACUAUUAAAUAAACAGUUGCUUGUUAACUGUG